AAAAAAUGAUAUCUCCUGAGGCCCAAGAACUUGGGAGGAAAUGAGUGUCAAUAAAGUUUACUGGGCUAUUAUAAAUCUCUGAGUGGUUUCAUGGGCUGCACCUAAAAGCUCUCUCCCACACACCUAGGAAAUUUUUACCUUUUUCUUUUUGGACAAAUUACAAAUUUUCGCUCUACUCGCAUUUGAUUCUCUUUCAAAUUCGUUACAAGAUCGAACCCAUUUGACUGAAAACGGAAAAGGGUGUUCUUAAAUUGAAGCAAACGAGAGAAUUAUCCUCAAAGACUUGACUUUCAGAUAUUGUGAAAUUUGUUACUGUUAUGGAUCCAGAGGCUGCAAAGACUGCAAGAGAAUCUUUGGAUUUGACAUUUCAUAUGUCAAACCUUCUUAAUACAGGACUUGAUCGACACACCCUUUCGGUGCUUAUUGCUCUUUGUGAUUUGGGUUUGAACCCUGAAGCACUGGCUGCUGUUGUGAAAGAACUCCGAAGUGAACGUGUUUCAUCCUCUAGUGCUCCGAUACCGAAACCAUAAUUAGAACUGUUGCGUGCAAUCUGGCUUUCUAUUCUUCUACCAUAAUUGGUGAUAGAGGGCAGGGGUCAUACUUGUCAGCUUAUUUAAAGAAACCUGCUGUUUUGAUCAAGCCCAUUUUUGAAUGUAUUUGGCAGUGUGGUUGCGGUUGCUUUUCAAAUAACUUUUCGUGCCGAAAUGCAUGCCAAUGAUUUUUUUUAUUUUUUAAAAAUCAUUUUUGACAUCAGCACAUCAAAACGAUCUAAAAUAUACAAAACAUAUUAAAUUUUAGCAAAAAAAAAAUAUUUGAAUUUUUUGGGAACGCGGUUUGCACCGUGUUCCCAAACGAUUUCUUGUUCUAGCUCUUGUUUGUUGCAGCUUCUUCAAUUUCAUAUACAUUUUGGAAAAUAUUUUUGUAGUUAGAUAUGUUUGUCUGUUGUCUGCACUACUGUUCUUUUUCUUGUGCUUGCAAGGCUUUGUAAACAUCAUUCAGAGUUCCUUGGUGAACAUUGCACAUUGCAAUAUAUACAUCUUUACCUU